GGUGAUGUUUUUUAAUUCAACAUGUCUGAAACUUAAGAAUGAGGCUAUGUCAGUAAGAUUCUCUAAGCACAGUGGCUAUCUUUUCCAAGGUCCUUCUGACUUAGACCUCCUUCCUUGACCUCAUGAUGUUUUUUCAUCGGGGUCACAGAAAAAGUUUUAGACUGGAGUCUUGCAGUUGGUCUCCCCCACCCUAAGUCCCCAAGGAGCCCAGUUGAAUCCAGUAUGAAAACUGUAUGAUUCACUGGUCAAACUUUAAAUAUGCCUGACAGAAAAACCUGAUCAUGUGACAGUAAUUCAGUUAAUCAGAUGUAUUCCAGUAAAGCUCCACCUCUGCCUGUACGAAGAUAUACACUGAGGACAGCACAUGUGAUUAUCAGAGCAGAGACUAGACAGACAGGGAGAUGGUCUGCCUGGACAUGGAUCAUCUGUUGGCACUGUUGCUUCUUCUGAUUUUUUCCUCAGGACUCCAGGCUGAAGGAAAACACACAUCAGCAGAAUUUGUCAGGUUGGUGGGAGGAGACAGUCACUGCGCAGGAACACUGGAGGUGAAAAUGGGAGACUGGAGAGCAGUAAGUGGCCCUCUCCUCACCCUAAAGGUAGCUGCAGACUCUGUCAGGCUGGUGCAUGGGACUAGUCUGUGCUCAGGCAGACUGGAAGUGAAGUCUAACCAGUCCAACCAGUCGUGGUCCUCAGUGUGUGAAGCUGACUUUGACCAGCAGGAUGGACCAGAGGUGGUCUGUAGGGAGCUUGGCUGUGAACCUCCUUCAGUCUUCCAGGGGGCCCUCUAUGGAGAAGUGGAGGCCCCAAUGUGGACCAAAGAGUUCCAGUGUGAAGGUCAUGAGUUUGCUCUCCUGGACUGUAGAAGGCCAGGCUCAGAUAGAAACACCUGCUCAGCUGGCAAAGCUGUUGGACUCACCUGCUCAGAGUCUGAUGCUGUCAGGUUGUUAGGAAGAGACAGUCGCUGUGCAGGAACACUGGAGGUGAAAUGUCAGGGAGACUGGAGACCAGUGGGUACCGGUUUCCGCAGCCGUGUUUUCACCCCGAAGGCAGUAGCUGUUGCUUGUGAAGAGAUGGACUGUGGCUCUGCUGUUUCUGUAGAAAAGAGAAAGUCCUCAGUAAGAUCUGUGUGGAGUAUCAUCUCUGACUAUGUUCUCUCUGGAUCUACUCUGAGGGAGUGUGCAACAUUAGAUCAAAGUUCCUCAAUCAUUUAUCUCACCUGCUCAGACCUGCUGCUUCAGCCCAACAUCUCUGUGUCCUCCUCCAUGGAUGGGGUCUCCGAGGCCCAGCAGCAGGGGGUUGAAGUGUCUAGGGGCUCCACCUUCACCAUCACCUGCUCCAUCCAGCCACAGUACCCAGGAGGCUCCUUCCAGCUCACCUUCACCUCCUCCAUCUCAUCACACAACUACACCCAGCCAGCUGUCAAUCACUCUGCCCACUUUCUGUUUCCUGCAGCAGAACCCGCCCACCAAGGAAGUUACAGCUGUGUUUAUCACGUCUAUGUUGUUGCUCAUAACUUCUCCUCUAAGAGCGGUCUGCUCUCUCUCACUGUCUCAGAUCCAACACUUUUUAUCGUCCGAGUGGUCAUCCUGCCACUGUCUCUGCUGUUGGUGAACACUGCCCUUUACUUCUACUGUAAGGCCAGCAGGGGGCAGGGUGCGGGCAGACAGGAGAAUAUUGAGCUGUAUUAUUAUAACCUGGAUGUUCGAAGAAGGGCCGACUGAAGGGGAAGGAG